UUUAAUAUUUAUAUGUUGUUGACAUGCAGAAUGCGAGGGAAUGUUUGUUUGCGUGAGAUUUGAUUUUGAUGAGAGAAAAUGGAUUCAGCGAAGAAGGGUUGGCUUUCAAAGCUACAACCGAAGGAUAAGUUGAGGGCUGGGCAGAGGAAUGAGGAGACGUCCAACGCUGGAAACGGAGGGAAUGACGAAGCCAAUGUGGACGACGAAGAUCUCUCCAAUAUCACCAGACAAAAGGUCGCCGCUGCGAAGCAGUACAUUGAGAAUCAUUAUAAGGAACAAAUGAGGAACCUGCAAGAAAGAAGGGAGCGACGAAUAAUCCUGGAAGAGAAACUGGCGGAAGCUGACCUCUCUGAGGAAGAUCAAAAUAACUUACGUAAGUACCUGGAGAAAAAAGAAACUGAAUACAUGCGUCGUCAAAGGCUUAAAUUCGGUGUUGAGGACUUUGAAUUACUAACCAUGAUUGGCAAGGGUGCCUUUGGAGAGGUUAGAGUGUGUAGGGAAAAGACAACAGGCCAAGUAUUUGCUAUGAAGAAGCUUAAGAAAUCGGAAAUGCUUCGAAGAGGCCAGGUUGAGCAUGUGAAAGCUGAAAGGAACCUUCUUGCUGAAGUUGACAGCAAUUGUAUUGUCAAACUCUACUAUUCUUUCCAAGAUGAUGAUGAUGGCUACCUUUAUCUCGUAAUGGAAUAUCUACCUGGCGGAGAUAUGAUGACCUUACUUAUGAGAAAGGAUAUCUUGACUGAAGAUGAAGCUAGAUUUUAUGUUGCAGAGACAGUUUUGGCUAUUGAAUCUAUCCACAAACACAAUUAUAUUCACAGGGAUAUCAAGCCUGACAAUUUGCUACUGGAUAGAUAUGGACACUUGAGAUUGUCAGAUUUCGGACUAUGUAAACCCUUAGAUUGCAGUACCAUCCAAGAAAAUGAUUUUACUGUAGGAGGCAAUACUAACGAGGUUGGGGGAAAUGGUGAACGCUCAUCAGUUUCAAAGAGAACGCAGCAAGAGAAACUAGAACAUUGGCAAAAGAACCGUAAAACGCUUGCUUAUUCUACUGUCGGAACUCCCGACUAUAUUGCUCCUGAAGUCCUCUUGAAGAAAGGUUAUGGAAUGGAUUGUGAUUGGUGGUCACUUGGUGCCAUUAUGUUUGAAAUGCUUGUGGGAUAUCCACCUUUUUAUUCAGAUGAUUCGAUGUCAACGUGUAGGAAGAUAGUGAACUGGAGAACUCAUUUGAAGUUUCCUGAAGAGGCAAAAUUAUCUGCAGAGGCAACAGAUCUAAUUAGCAAACUCUUGUGUGAUGUUAAUCACAGGCUAGGAUCAAAUGGGGCAGGUGAAAUUAAGGAACAUCCAUGGUUUCAAGGCGUGGACUGGGAUAGAAUAUAUGAAAUUGAUGCUGCUUUUAUUCCCGAGGUUAAUGAUGAGCUAGAUACUCAAAAUUUUGAAAAGUUUGACGAGUCCGAAGAAAUGUGUUCUAGGCCAUCAAAAUCUGGUCCAUGGAGGAAAAUGCUUUCGUCCAAGGACGUAAAUUUCAUGGGAUACACAUACAAAAACUUUGAAAUUGCCAAUGAUUUUGAAGUGCCUGGAAUGGCUGAGUUGAAGAAGAAGAACACCAAAUCAAGUAAACCAUCGGUUAAGACACUUUUUGAUUCAAGUUUUCUAUCUGAUACUCACAUAGAUGGUGAGGCAGAGACUUCAGAGACACCUAGUGAUCCGCCUGUUCAAGGUAGCUUUUUAAAUCUCUUGCCUCCUGAACUGGAAGCCGUUGAAAAGCAGUACGGGUCCCAGUAACUCGCCCCAUCUGUUUGAACUGUUAGAAGGACAAGUGGGUUUGGGUGACUAACCAACCGCAUUCUGAUACUCAACCGGAAAUUUUCCAUGCCAUCUCUUGCAUUUGGAAAUGUUGGUGGCUAAAGCUCUGUGUACUGAAACUUCAGGUUUGAUUCACCUUUAAGGUUAAAUACCAAGGAAAGCUACUGCUGAUCAAAGUAAUUUUUUUCCAGUUAAAUAAAGGUCAAAACAAACAGGAGAAUUGAAAAGGGAAAAUAAAAAAAAAAAGAGUAAGGAGUAUUUACUGAUACUAGUAGGGGCAAAAUAUUUUCUUCUGU